AUGUAUGCUUUUGUUAGAUUCUUUGAAGACGAUAUGUGCUACGCGUUGCCCGUUUUAAAUGUCGCAGAUUUCAGACCUCUGCACAAAACAGAUUUUGAUAAUCAGAAGGUGUAUCUGGUUCACAGAACUGAAGAGGAUGGCAGAGCAGGCCAGCCGUGCGAAGCGCAGAUCCUUGCCCUUGCAGAUACAGUAGAGGAAUUUGAAGACAGUAUAAUGCAAAAGAAGAUGAAAAUUCCCAAGAUGUCCAUCAAGAAUUCAGGAAACUCUAUCGAAAACAAUUUUGGAGAGGAGAGAAUGCCACUCAGGCAUAAAAAGGCCCUUUCCCAGGACCAGGGACGCCCCCUUUCCAACUCAUCCAAGAGCUUGGCAGCAGUUGUGGCUCGCCUGGAGAGAAAUGCAGCCAGCUCCUGUGUGGAGGGCGAAGAGGACUUGGACGAGGACCGGCUGGCUGAGGAGGGAGAGGAUGCAGACGACGAAGAUGAAGAUAUGGAGGCAGAGCAUCAGCAUCAGCAUCAGCAUCAGCAUCAUCAUCACCAGCAUCAACAACAGCAACAGCAUUUGGAGGUGGACACGGAUUGUGUGUCUGGGAUAGUUCCGGCAGUGGUUCCUAGAGUCCUGUAUGAGGAGCUGGUUCACAGCUACAGGCAACAGGAGGAGGAGAUGAGGAGGCUGCAGCAGGAGCUGGAGAGAACCCGCAGGCAGCUGGUGCAGCAGGCCAAGAAGCUGAAGGAAUAUGGCAGCUUGCUGACAGAAGUCAAAGAACUGAGGGACUUCAACAGGAGGCUGCAAGACGUACUUCUCAUGAGACUGGGCAGCGAGCCUAUGCAUGACAAUGGCACUCAGACAAUCAAGGCUGAAGUGGUUGAGCCCAUUGUUGAGGCCCAGGAGACAUGCAGAGAAGAAGCCAACACCAGUUCCAGCUACUCCCCCUCCCCCAGAACAGUGUACACCUGCAACGAUGGGAAGGUGCACCUCGGUGGAGGGAUCUGGGUGGAGGAGGAGAAGUGGCAUCAGCUUCAGCGGACCCAGGGAGACUCCAAGUUCACAAAGAACCUGGCUGUAAUGAUCUGGGGCACUGAAACCCUCAAGAACCGUAGUGUCACUGGAGUGGCCACCAAAAAGAAGAAAGAUGCGCUGCCCAAACCUCCGCUGUCGCCAAGUAAACUGAAAAUAGUCAGAGAGUGUCUCUAUGACAGAGUGUCUCAAGAGACGGCCGACAGUGCAGAGAUUACGCAGAGAUUGUCCAAAGUGAACAAAUACAUUUGUGAAAAGAUAAUGGACAUCAACAAGUCCAUCAAGAACGAGGAGAGGCGGGAAUCCAAGCUGCUCAUCAGACAGACAGUGAAGAUGGAGAACUUCACCUACGACGGCAUGUAGUGAUCAACUGUUGUCACGCCAGCGCCUUCUGCCCACCCCCCACCCCCCACAACCCCUCCACCUGGUCGGCAGGAUAUUGAGGGGACUAGAUGUUGGUGGUUGGGGGAUGUUUGUCACAGUUUCAGGAGCCGUUUUUCUUUGACAUAUUGGAUCGGUUAUUAUGUGAAACGCUUAAACAAAAUAGACCCCCUCCCAGCUCCCUGUAGAACAAGCGUCCCCUUCCUCGGUGCACAGUUUUCCCAUCGGCUGACAGACAGCUUUACCCACCAGCGAGAAAUUGAACACGUGUGGACUUAGUUUGAUAUGAGCUGGUAUGAGUGUUUUUUAUAAGCUUUACAG